UGUAUAAAAAAAAUAAAUAAAUAAAAAAUUAAAAUAAUAGAAUGAAAUAUGAAUUUGGCGUGAAACAUCAAAGUGCUCGAGAUCGUUUUUAAGACUGUAUGCAACUGCUAGUAGUGAAAUGUGUAUAUACAGAUGCUUGAGACUCCCUGAAUCGAUUAAAGAUUACCUACGAGUUUUAGCGCACGUCAUUCGUACAUAGUUUUGUUUAUAGACGUAUCGAUUUAAUUUAACGACUUGUUCUGAUGCAAAGGAGGAUAUCGUUUAUUUAUGAUGUUAAACUUUUACGUUUACUUUUAUUCUUCAGUCUUUUUACUUACUGUAGAAUCUCUCAGAUGAACACUGAAACUUCAAAGGAAAUAACGUAAUUUGAGAUUAUUCAUAAUGCCACCGGCCUGGAAAAUGGACAAUCCAAAUCCUUAGUUCUGCUGCCAUGUUGGUCACGCAGUCUCCCUACUCUAUGGACAAUCCAUCAAAUAUGUUAUCAGUACUGGAGGAGGAAACCAAUGUUGACAUUGAUGAUGUCUUCCCACCACACGUUGAUACUACCAACAUUGUUAUUCAGCCUGAGUCACCAACUAGUAAGAAGCAAACUCUCAAGACCUUCAAGGAGAUCAAUGUACUACUGCAGGCAGAUAGAUUGCGUGAGGUGAAACUUAUUCUAAGGGAGAAUGCAUGGCCACUUAACAAUGGUAUCAGAACCCAGCUAUGGCCAGCGUUAAUAAGCCAACAUGCUAAGGGCAAUAACACCAUGGAUGGUUAUUACUGGGAUAUGGUGAGCCAAGUUUUAGGAACUACAGAAUUACCAGAGCAAUCAAUUAUGUUGCCACCAUUUGUCGAUAGUACUCACUGCUUAUCGUAUAACUUGACUCGCAAAGGUAGAAGUGUUGCAGACAGAAUUGUAUCAGUUCUAGGUUAUGCAUGUCCAGAUAUAACAUACAGCCCAUCACUUUAUCCUAUUACUGCUUUACUUCUACAUUUUAUGCCAGAGGAACAAUGUUAUCAUUGUGUACAAAGCUUAGUGGCAUCUAAGAAAAAAAUGUUUAUUACGCAAACAAAGCUCCUUAAUGAAGUAACAUGGAAAACUGUAGAACAAAUUACAAAGAAACAUGUGAAAUCUGCUGCAGUUCAUUUAGCUCGACACUGUUCGGUAUCAAGAGCAGAAAGAAUCUAUAUGGACUGGAUCUGGUGGAUUUUACAUCUGCUUCCAUUUCAACAUCUAGUCAGAGUUAUGGACUGUUUUCUACAUGAAGGCAUUAAAGUCUUCUACAGGGUAGCUAUGGCUAUCAUUUUAUUAUUCUAUAAACAUUCGUCAUCACAAACUUCAGAAUGGAUGGCUGAAAUUACAAAGAAUGGUAUAGAUGCAGCCCUUUCAAAGUUUUGCAGGCAGAUACCGGUGACACCAGCAAAGUUUCUGCGUACUGCAUUUGGUAUUCGUGGAUUGAGUUCGGCAUACAUAUCAAGAGUAUUCAUUAGCAUUGAAAUGAAUUUGAAAAGCCGAAAUGUGAUAUCAGCAUCCAAAUCAUUAGUAAAAUCACGGUCAACCGAUACACUGCCAACAAGUCAAUCGCAAAUGAACAUUCAAAUGAUGUCCCACACCCUCACAAUAAGAGAGGGCGCACAUAGUCCUGGACCACGGGCUCUUUCAAUGGGCGUUUAUCCUAUACAAAGCAUACGCUCUCAGAUACUUGAUAUGCCCGACUUAUUUACAUUGUGGUCCUGGUUACCGGUGCGAAUUACGAUGUAUCAGCCAAUUUUGCUGUAUACCACCGAGGAGCAUGGCUGUUCUCUCACCACUUUCUACGUACGUGUAGAGAAAUACGAACCCACCCUCCUCAUGAUUAAGACGUGUAAUAAUGAGGUAUUUGGAGCAUAUUGUUCAACAAGGUGGUGCGAAAGAAAUUUGAAGGACGACAAAGGACAAAGACAGGCGUAUUUUGGGACGGGAGAAACAUUCCUGUUUAGUUUAUAUCCAGAGCGAGCCAAGUAUCCUUGGGUCGGUAUGGAUUCAUCACACAAUGAUUCCAGGGUCCAUCAUUCGGCAGAACUUUUUAUGGCCGCUGAUUCGAAAAUGAUUACUAUUGGUGGCGGAGAUGGUCAAGCAAUUUGGAUGGACGAGAAUAUAAGGUUUGGCAAGACCGACCGCUGCUCAACGUUCAAUAAUCCACCUCUGUGUGCUAGUGGUGAUUUCGAAAUUAGAGUCCUUGAAGUUUAUGGUUUUCAUGGGGCCUAGAAAAAUGCCAGUAGCGGUUCCAAGAAAUAUUCAUUUCCCUAACUGCCAUUUAUUGUCUCUCUUUCUGCCUGUCUCUCUUGCGCUCCUUUAUCUUAUUCUCUUGUCCAUUAU